GCGGAAGCGGCGGGCGCGGACCCCGCCCGGGACGCGUCGGGCCGCGGGGCGGGGGGCGCGGGGGGCGCGGGCGCGGGGGCCAUGGCCACCCGGCGCCUGACCGACGCCUUCUUGUUGUUGCGGAAUAACUGCAUCCAAAGCCGGCAGCUGCUGGCCGAGCAAGUGAGUAGUCACAGCUCCUGCCGCCCUCCGCGCGCACGCAGCCGCGCCGCGGAGCUCGAUGAGCUCGCCGAUGACCGUAUGGCUCUGGUGUCAGGCAUUAGCCUGGACCCGGAAGCAGCGAUCGGAGUCACGAAGCGGUCACCUCCGAAAUGGGUGGAUGGGGUGGACGAAAUCCAGUACGACGUGGGCCGGAUCCGGCAGAAGAUGAAGGAGCUGGCGGGCCUCCACGACCAGCACCUGAACAGGCCCACGCUGGACGACAGCAGCGAGCAGGAGCACGCCAUCGAGAUCACCACCCAGGAGAUCACGCAGCUCUUCCACAGGUGCCAGCGUGCCGUGCGGGCACUGCCCAGCCGGGCCCGCCGGGGCUGCUCGCAGCAGGAGGAGCGGCUCCUGCGGAACGUGGUCACCUCCCUGGCGCAGGCCCUGCAGGAGCUGUCCACCAGCUUCCGGCACGCGCAGUCGGGCUACCUCAAACGCAUGAGGAACCGGGAGGAGCGCAGCCAGCAGUUCUUCGACACGUCGGUGCCGCUGGUGGAGGAUGGCGAGGUGGACGCGCUGUACGGCCGGGGCUUCACGGACGACCAGCUGCUGCUGGUGGAGCAGAACACGCUGAUGGUGGAGGAGCGAGAGCGCGAGAUCCGCCAGAUCGUGCAGUCCAUUGCUGACCUCAACGAGAUCUUCCGGGACCUGGGCGCCAUGAUCGUGGAGCAGGGCACAGUCCUGGACAGGAUCGACUACAACGUCGAGCAGUCCUGUAUCAAAACUGAAGACGGCCUGAAACAGCUUCACAAGGCGGAACAGUACCAGAAGAAGAACCGGAAGAUGCUGGUGAUUCUGAUACUGUUUGUCAUCAUCGUCGUCCUCAUCGUCGUCCUCAUCGGCGUGAAGUCCCGCUAAGCGGCGCCAGGCCUGUGUCCACACGAGAGGUCCCGGUGCGGGGCUGGGCCGCGCCCGGGCUGCUGCCAAGGGCAGCCCCGGGCCUGGUCUCCGCGCCGGGGGAGCGAGCUGGCGGCGCCUGUGGGUCUCGCGCCCGUGGGUCCCCGUGGGCAGCGGCCAGCGUGGCCGUGGGCCUCUGCCCUCGCCGCUGUUCAGGCCCGGGGACUCGCGAGACCGCCUGGCGCAGCCCUCCGGGUCCUGCCUUCUGGUCGGAGGGUUUGUCCUGAGCUGGGAGGAACCGGGUGGAGCGUUGACAGUGGUGCCGUCACUGCAGUCACUCGUGUGUGCGCCGUCUCCUAGUAGCUCUGUGGGAGGAGCAUGUGCAAAUGAUUUUUGAGGAAAUAAAUGAAGCCAUCUGGGUUUUGAGAAAUUUGGUUCCAGAAAAUUAUGAAUAAAGGCAAAAAAAUUGCCUCUUCAUCUUUUUCAUAUAUUUUCCAGUUGAAAACAAACUGAGAAGCCCUUUAAGAAUUUAUAAUCCAUUCCCCAUUAACUUAAUUUAGCUUUUCCAUCACUGUUAACGAUCAGAGUAACAAAGUGUGAAAAAUAAGAAACCAUCAUUGAUGUUAAUUAACACAUUUAGACGGGCCAGUUAAAACAGCUUCAUAAGUUUGAAUUAAUUGUAAAUGGAGCAUUCCUCGCCCGCAGUGGUGUGCACGUCCCCCCGCGAGCCGGGAGGGAGCCGGGCAGAGCCGCCAGGCCGCGGGUCACGGGCGAUUAGCACGAGCCCCCCAGCAUGAGCGGGCGGCUAGGGGGGCCGGGAGCGAGCCAGCCUCAGCCUGCAUGUGCCCGUCAUUCACUGGCAACUGCUGACCCGUUCCGGCCAGACCCGCUAAUGGGCUGUGGGUUUUCCCGGAGGCCGCGCUCAAUGGGCUGCCCCGGUUAGGGUCAGCGGGCCUCAGAUUAGCGCCCAAACGUCACUCCAUUUCAGAGUCAGAUCUCCCCCAGUCAGUGCUCUGAUUUAUCGGCUUCCUGGGCCGGGGGGGGGGGGGGGGUAGGCCACACUCGCGCGGAACUGGGGCCGAGCCCUCCGGCCGAGUCAGGCCUUGCUGUUUACUAUGCUCCUGUUAUCAAUAUGGUGCUGGUUCUCCCUGGGGCCCGUGGCUCCUGCGGAGAUCUGGGUGGCCUGCCUGGCGGCAGUGCCGGGGUUGGCCGCCACCCGCUGUGCGGCUGGUGGGGUGGCCUCUGUCUGUGAUCCUCGAUGGCUUCUCCGUUGUUCUCACCUCUCCUUUCAGAAGAACGUGGCCGCCUUAAUACGUUGUAUUUGGACCAGUCAUGUUCAAUGUCACAAAGUGACUUUUCGGUGGUUUCCAGAAACUUACCAUUCAAGCCCAGAGAUGCAAGUUGUGGAGCAGAUUUGGCCCCGGCCCCAGCUGCCGCCUGACCCGGCCCAACCCGCUUUCUCGUGUCGAGUUGAGUCGUGUCAUGUGAGUGACCCCCCGCUGGCCCUGGCCCUUUGGACAGCAGGCUGCCGUUCCCUGGCGAACUGUCUCGGCAGAAGCGAGGACCAGGGGAGGCCGGAGGGCACCCAGCGGGCCGGACCGGCCGUGCUGGGCCUGUUCUCCAGGGACACCAGAGCAAACAGAAGCGGAGUGACCGGAACGGAGAGCACGAGGCCGGGAGUAGCUGUUGGGGUCCCGGUUCCCCGUGCCCAGUGCUGCUGGGCCCGAGGCCCCGGGUCGUGACCUUGGUCUCCAGUGGCCUGGUUGGUCACUGUCCAGCUUGUUGGGGUGCAGUCAUGGGUUUAAGGACCUUGGGGGGCUGGGGGCGCCUGGCCCUCACUGACGCCUGGGCGCCCCGCGGGGGGGCUCCUCCUCGAAACACUGUAUUUCCUCUUGAACCUUGACCUGGGCAAAGAUCAGCAGCUUUGGGAAAGUGGGAGUCCUGGGGUCCUGCCUCCCCCAGCCCUGGCCAGAGCCUUCCAGGGCAGCUGGUCGUACCCCCACCCCCUCCUUUGUCUGAGCCGCCAGAGGGGAAGUCAGCUGGGCCUGCUGGCGCCUGUGGGCUCCGGCUGCCCCUCCCCCCAAGGCCUCAGUCCCCUGAAUGUGUCCCGGCGACCCCAGACCCCCAGGGCUCCUGAUCUUUCUCAGAAUUGUAACUGAAAUCUACUGUCUCUUGUUUUAUUAAUUUCGGGCUGGGAGGUGCUGGCUCUGCCGUGGCGUGAAGCAGCGUGUCUGUCUCUAAUUUAACGGAUUUACCCCUUUCUCUGCUAAUUGAGAGAGCAUUAUUUAUUUGUUUUGACACAAGUGCUUUCAGUGUGUUAUCCUAGCUAAUGGCUUCUUAAAGGUAAUAAAACCCUUCCAACCUAAUUGGUCAGAUAAGACUUUUUUCUUGUGUGCUUAAAUAAAGCAAUUAGUGAAAGCGC